AUGGACGUGGACAGCCACGGCGGCAAGAAGCGCAAGGCAGAGGAUCUCCCAGAAGAGGCACAGCCGCCACGCCGAAUCAGAGCCCUGGACCCGGCGGUCGUCAACAAGAUCGCUGCUGGUGAAAUUAUUGUGGCGCCGGUCCACGCGCUCAAGGAGCUCAUCGAGAAUGCCGUCGACGCCGGCUCAACGGCCAUCGAGAUUGUCGUCAAGGACGGCGGCCUGAAGCAGCUGCAGAUCACUGACAAUGGCGGCGGCAUCCAGCGGGAAGACUUGCCCAUUCUGUGUGAGCGGCACACGACGUCCAAAAUCACAAAGUUUGAAGACCUCACCACGAUUGGCACUUAUGGCUUUCGAGGAGAGGCCUUGGCAAGCAUCAGCCAUAUUGCCCACUUGAGCGUCACCACCAGAACCAAAGACUCUGAUGUCGGGUGGCGGGCGCACUAUCUCGACGGAAAGCUUGCACCGCCAAAGCCAGGCCAGCCCGCGGAACCCAAGAUGAUGGCUAGUCGGCCAGGGACCCAGAUUACCGUCGAAGACUUGUUCUUCAACGUUCCGACGCGACGCAGAGCUUUCCGCUCGCACGGCGAAGAAUUCAACAAGAUCAUUGACAUGGUCGGUCGCUACGCCAUCCAUUGUGCGGGAGUUGGCUUCACGUGCAAGAAAGGGGGCGAGGCAUCGAACACGCUCUCCAUACAGGCCCAGGCCUCCCCAACCGACAGAAUACGUCAGAUUCAUGGUAGCAAUGUAGCGAAUGAGCUGAUUGAGUUUUCUACUUCUGCGGACCGUUGGGGCUACACCGCCCAUGGUAUUGUCACCAACGCAAACUACCACAUCAAGAAGACGACAUUGUUGCUGUUCAUCAAUCACCGGGCCGUCGAGUCAGGAAACAUCAAGAAGGCCAUUGAACAGGUCUACGCCAGCUACCUGCCAAAAGGGGGCCAUCCCUUCGUCUACCUGAGUUUGGAGAUUGAUCCCGGGAGGGUGGAUGUCAAUGUGCACCCGACGAAGCGAGAAGUCCACUUUUUGAACGAGGACGAAAUCAUUCAAGAUGUGUGCAACAAGAUAGAGGAGGAACUCGCGGCAGUCGACACGAGCCGAACAUUCAAGACUCAGACGCUUUUGCCGGGCGCCAUGCAGUUUGAAGACGCGCACCCAGACGAUGCUGCACCGGCCACGCCGAAAUACAUGAUUACCGGCAAAGCGAGGCGGAACUCCAAUGAACUCGUUCGGACAGACACAUCGAUGCGCAAGAUCACCAGCAUGUUUCUGCGGGCAGAUUCUGGAGAGUCUGGAAGAGCUGGAGUCGGAGCAGAGGAGCCGCUGGCCGCCCCUGAAAAUAUCGAGUAUGAGGAGAGCGAUCGGGAGCCGAUGCUCUGCCGCCUGAGGAGUGUCAAAGAGUUGCGGGGCGAAGUACGUGACGACAUGCACCACGACUUGACGGAAAUAUUUACGUCGCAUACCUUUGUCGGCAUAGUGGACGAGAGCCGGCGGCUGGCUGCGAUACAGAGCGGCAUCAAGUUGUAUCUCAUCGACUACGGGCACACCUGCUACGAGUAUUUCUACCAGCUGGGGCUCACAGACUUUGGUAACUUUGGCACCAUCCGAUUCAGCCCACCGCUGAGACUUGGCGAGCUCCUGACAAUGGCGGCGGAGAAGGAGAAGGAGAUGUUGGGAGUGUCAGACGAGGAUUUCGAUGUCGAAGCAAUUGUGAACAAGGUGGCGAACCAACUCAUCGAGAGGAGGGAGAUGCUCUUGGAGUAUUUCUCUCUCGAAAUUUCGCCGACCGGCGAGCUCGUCUCUAUUCCUCUGAUGGUCAAGGGGUACACGCCUUCUGUGGCCAAGCUGCCGCAGUUCCUCCUGCGGCUCGGGCCCAACGUCGACUGGACGGACGAGAAGGCCUGCUUCGACUCGUUCCUGAGGGAGCUGGCGACGUUUUACGUCCCUGAGCAGCUCCCCGCGGCGUCGCCCAGCGGGACGGCGUCGUCCCCGCAAGAGGAGGAAGAGGUCCCGGCCGAGGUCCGGACGAGGCGCCAGUACGUCAGGUGGGCGGUCGAGAACAUCUUCUUUCCGGCGUUCAAGGCGCGCUUGGUGGCGACACAGUCUCUGAUGAAGGGGGGCGUCUUGGAAGUGGCUAGCCUGAAGGGGCUGUACAAGGUUUUUGAGCGGUGUUGA